UUGCAAGAACGAGGUGGGCGUGAUGGUUAACUACUUCCCCAAUAUCAGGAGACUUUGGAGCUAAUUCUACUUGUUCACCUCCUCCCCAACGAUCAAAAUUUAAGAUUGAGACUCGAAAUGAAGGAGCCGCGAGAAACUUGUACUGAAGGAAACCAGGUAAGAGGGUCAGAAGAUAUCUAAAGACCGAUGUAUUCACCGAUUCGUGAACAGAGAAGCGUCUCAUCUUCAAAGAAAGUCACUAAUCGCCAUGGAUACACAAGCUCCAAACCUCGAUAUGCUUUUCCUUCCAUUCCUGACACCGGGUCACAUGCUCCCCAUGGUGAACUUGGCAAGAUUGCUUGCUGCGCGCGGCGUCAAAGCCACCAUUGUCACUACUCCAUCCAAUGCCGUCUUCUGCAGCAGUGCCAUCGAUGAAGACACCCAUUCCGGCCUCAAAAUCCGACUUCACAUCCUCAGAUUCCCCUUCUCAGAGGUUGGGCUGCCCCAAGGAGUCGAGAAUUUCUACUCCAUCAAUUCCCUUGAGAUGGCCCAGAGGCUCUAUACGGCAGUCACGAUGCUCCAACAACCGAUCGAGCAACUAAUCCGAGAGCUUCGCCCUCAAUGCAUUGUCUCGGACAUGUUCUUCCCUUGGACUUCCGACCUCGCCGCUGAGCUUGGGACUCAGAGGCUCUUCUUUGAUGGAAUGGGUUUCUUCUCUCACUGCGUCUCCGAGAGCCUCAGACUAUUUACUCCCCACGAGAAGGUUCAAUCAGAUACAGAACCCUUCUUAGUGCCGGGUCUUCCUGAUCGUAUAACCAUGACGAGGUCGCAACUACCGCCUUUCGUCAACGAUCCAAACAGUGAGCCAGCUAAUUUAAUGAAUCAAAUCAGGGAAUCGGAGUUGCAGAGCUACGGCGUCGUGGUUAAUAGCUUCUAUGAAUUGGAGCCCAAUUACGUCGAGCAUUUCAAGAAGGUCCUCGGAAGGAAGGUAUGGCAUGUAGGCCCAGUGGCUCUGGUCAACAGAAAGACCACAACGGAGAAGGUCAAGAGGGGGGAAGGGCAUGGCUCAUCGUCUUUUUUCGAUGAUUGUCUCAAAUGGCUUGAUUCCAUGGAACCCAAAUCGGUUCUCUAUGUUUGUUUUGGGACCUCCCCUUGCUUUCUUGCAGCUCAAUUGGGUGAGAUUGAGUCGGGUCUUGAAGCAUCAGGGCAUCCCUUCAUCUGGGUCCUCAGAAAAGAGAAGCAGGGGCGAUGGCUUCCAGAAGGGGUUAAAGAGAGGGCAAUGGAAGAAGUUGAGGUGAAGAAGACGACAAAGGGUCUGAUAAUAACCGGGUGGGUGCCACAGGUAGUGAUAUUGAACCAUCGAGCCAUUGGAGGGUUCCUCACUCACUGUGGGUGGAACUCAAUACUGGAAGGUGUGGGUGCAGGGGUGCCCAUGAUCACUUGGCCAGUUUCCUCAGAGCAGUUCUACAAUGAGAAGCUGGUGACGCAAGUGUUGAGGAUAGGAAUCGCGGUGGGUGCUAAAAUGUGGUCUCUAUUCGACUCUGAUGGAGAAAUAAAGAAGGAGACAGUGAAGAAGGGGGAAAUAGAGAAGGCAGUGAUUAGGUUGAUGAUGGGUGACGGUGGAGGAGGAGAGGGAGAAGAAGUACAGCAGAUGAGAACGCGAGCAAGGGAGAUGAGCUUUAAGGCCAAGAGGGCUAUGGAAGAAGGUGGGUCUUCUUACUUUGACUUGACUGCCUUGAUCAAUGACCUUAACGUUGUGGCUGCAAGACACCAUUUGCAUUAGCUCCCGAAGCUGAAAGCCCUUUGGCUUGGGAUCCUUGGAUCUGACUUUUAGUCUAGCGGACAUUGACAGUUUUAGGGAUGUGUUUGAUUACAUAAAUCCCUAGGAGACAUGUAUAAA